AUGACAGAUUAUAUUCAACCAGCUGGACGAGGUUUAUCGCACCUGCAAGUUGGUUCUAUAAAUGAUGCUGAUAGUUUCGAUACCGAUCGUUUAAGUGGUUCAGUACGAUAUGAUGAAGAAGAUGAUGAUCAACAAAAUCCACCUUUAGAUAAUAAUAAUGUACCUCAAUCGAUGAUGAAUUAUCCAACAAUAAGAAAAGAUGAUAAAAAAUCAAGAAAAAAAGAAGAGGAAAAUGAAAAACGUCUUGAACGUCAACGAGAAAAAGAUGAAAAAAAAGCACGUAAACAAGAAGAAAAAGAUCGUAAAAAAAGUCAAAGUCAAACAAGAUUCUCUAAUGAACGAAAUGUUAGCACAGGAUCGAAUAAAACCAAAGCUCAAAUAGUUUUAUUAGAUGACAGUGAAGAAUUGAUUGAUUUAGGAAAAGAUGAUACGGGCAAAAUGUUGUAUGAACGUGUAUGUGAUUUAAUACAUCUUGAAGAAAAAGAUUAUUUUGGAUUAACAUUUUCAAAUAAUGAACAUAAUCGAGCAUGGAUGGAUAAUGAUAAACGUGUACGAAGUCAAUUGAAAGGUGUUGAUCCUGUUUUUUAUUUACAAGUUAAAUUUUAUCCACCUGAACCUGCUUUACUUCAAGAAGAUCUUACUAGGUACCAACUAUGCCUUCAAUUACGACAAGAUAUGAUGUCGGGAAAAUUACCAUGUUCAUUUGUAACUUAUGCUCUAUUGGGUUCAUAUACAGCACAAGCUGAAUUAGGAGAUUAUAUUGAAGAGGAUCAUGGAACAACAUUUGAUUAUUUAAAAGGUCUUCAAUUUGCACCUUCACAAGAUAAUGAAUUAUUACGACGUAUACAUGAACAACAUAGACGACAUCAAGGUCAACCACCAAGUGCAGCGGAUUUACAUUUUCUUGAAAAUGCAAAAAAAUUAGCGAUGUAUGGUGUUGAUAUUCAUCCAGCACAAGAUUCGGAAAAUGUUGAUAUAAAUAUUGGUGUAUCAGCAAAUGGUUUAUUAAUUUAUCGAGAUAAAUUACGUAUCAAUCGUUUUGCUUGGCCAAAAAUUUUAAAAAUAUCAUAUAAACGACGAUAUUUUUUUAUUAAACUUCGUCCAAGUGAAUUUGAUCGAUAUGAAAGUACAAUUGGUUUUAAAUUACCUACAUAUCGUGCAGCAAAAUCUUUAUGGAAAAUAGCUGUUGAACAUCAUGCAUUCUUUCGCCUUCGUCGACCAGAAGAAUUACGCAAAAAACCAAUUUUACCACGAUUUAAUUCAACUUUUCGUUAUACAGGAACAUAUACGUAUCAUCAAGCUCGACAACUAUUACUUGAUAGACCUAAUCCAGAUUUCGAAAGAUCAAUAAGUAAACGAAUGACAAAAAGUCUUGAUGUUUCUGCUCCUGAAGUCACGCGUCCAAGUCGACCAGCUGUUCAACGACCUUUACCACGUCCUCAAAGUGUUGAACCAUUUUUUGAAACACAUAAUAGAGUACCAAUACCGGAUAAAAAUGAAGAUGAUUAUCCGAGACGACCAAUUAUUAAAGAUCCGGAAUAUGCACGUGUGAAUAAAAAACCAGAACGUGAAGUAAUUCAAAAACCACCGGAAGUUAAACCAAAACGACCACCACCACCUCCGGUUACUUAUGUCAAUGUUCCACCCGAACCACCAGUUCGUCCGCCGGCGCCACGCGAACCAUCACCUACGAUGGAUCCUGAUGAAGCUCUUCUCGCGGCUAUUCGUCUCGCAACUGAUCUUGAUCCCAAUAAGCAAGCAGAACAAGUAGUUAUGAACACGAAUUAA